AUGCCGACUCAUAUGAUAGAUCGUGUACUCUUCACAACAUAUCUGGCCUCCUAUACUGUACAUGAGCUAGAAGGCGCGACCGACCUGAACGUCCCUCCUACGGUCGAGGCGUUAGAAUUCAGUGCGCUCGCUGUUCAUCGCGGGAAGCACUAUCUCGUGGUGUAUGGUGACCAAGUUGGUAUAACCGAAGAUAGGGAGCUCGCAUCGAACGCCGCCAACGUCCCGUUCGGUUUGAUGUUCGUCGCGCCGAACUACCAUACUGCAUAUACGUGGUAUCGUUACUGGAUGUCCGACAUGAUGUUCGUGCUCUCCAACCAACUCGAUAUUCAAUGGGGUGUACGCGAUUUUUUGUUGGUCGCUGCGCGUGGUCUGACUCGUGCGGUUUUGCGCGUUGUGCCUGUUUUGCGUCCUCGGGACUUGCCUGCUCCUAUGAUACCCGAUAUGCCCGAGAAAUUUGUCAUCGAGGUUGAUGAUGAAGAAGAGAACGAGUCUCAUGAUAUGGUCGGAAGCCAGCGUGAGGGUUGUGACGAGGAGGAAGACGUAGAGGUUGAGCUUGAGGUCGUGCUUGAGGUCGGCAGCGAACAUGUCGGCGGCGGCGGCGGCGGUGACUUCGCGGCGACCUAUCACGAGGAAUAG